AUGAAGAAAUAUAUUACAAUCGCUGGAGCUGCUCUCCUCGGACAUGCAUCCGCUUAAGAAAAUUUAGCUGCUGCUGAACUAUCAGUUGAAAGCCCAAACCCAUAAGUUUACCUCUAUGGUGGAUAUGUAGAUCCACUCUAUCAGCCAUAACACUAACUUAAAGAAUAAGCUUAUCUUGAAACAAUGCAAAAGAUCUAUGGAACUAAAGUAUAUUCUCCAUAAGUUCAAGCCGCUAAUGAUGAUCCACUCGCUGAUGUAUUAAGAGAAACUAAGCAAGCCGAUUAUCUCUAGAUGUUAUAAAACAUUCAAGACGGCCCUGUGCCUGCCGGUCCUAACCCAUUAGGUCUUACUGCUUAUCAGCUUAAGGAACAAGCUAUACUUAAAGCUUACCAAAAUAUUUAUGGAAAUAAUGUACAAUAACCAAAGGUACAACAAGAUCCACUAUCCGACGUAGAAAGAGAAAUGAAAUAAGCAACUUAUCUCUCAGGAAUGCAAAACAUCUAUGGACAUUAUGCUAAAGUUUAAUCGUCUAAACGGGACAACUUCGAUCCUUUGUUUGAUAAAGUAUAAUUUACUGGUGAUUGGCGUUACUAUGAUUCAUACAACGAACCAAAGAUCUAUGAUACUUCCUACGAACCAUAAGACGUUCAAGGUAGUCGUUAUAAACAACACCCAGUUGAUCCAUUGGCGAAAACUGAAUGGGAACUCAAAUAAUAAGCCUAUCUUGAAGCUCUCUAAAAGAUCUAUGGAAAUAAAGUCUAAUCAGGCAAUCCAUUAUCUGAUUUAGAGAGAGAAAUGAAAUAAGCUACCUACUUAAGUGGAAUGCAAAACAUCUAUGAUUAUUAUGCUAAAGUUUAAUAAUCUCCAGAAUAAGAGCAAAGAAGACUUAAAUAACUAGCUUAUCUUAAUGCUCCAGUUAGAUUUUACGGGCAAUAAGUUCAAAGUGGGAACCCACUUGCAGAUGUUGAGAGGGAAUUGAAAUAAGCUACCUAUCUCUCGGGCAUACAAAAUAUCUAUGGUCAUUAUCCUCUUGUUGAAUCUUUUCUAAGUGGAUAGAUUAUGUGUAUCAGAGCUCCAUGCCCAUCAGUUGAAUCAACUAAUAGCCACUGGCAAGAAGUAAGGAAGUCUGUCUUAAAAAACCCUUGGGAUAUUAGCCUCUUAGAAAAUGGUUAAACAUAAGUCCCUCAAGUUUAAAAUGAGAAUCCUCUAGCUGAUGUAGAGAGAGAAUUGAAGCAAGCUGCAUACCUAGAAGGUCUAGAGAGAAUACAUGGGCAUUUAACUCCACUAGUUCAAAACUAUAAUGAUAAAUCAGAGAUGAGAUCUACAAGAAGAUAUACAAGCGACUGGGAGGAUGAUGAAUGA